GUUGGCACUUGCAGUGCUGCUCAGGACGCUGGCUGAUUAACCCUCAGGGAAGGCAGCCAUCAACCCGUACCCUCAUGGAGCAGUCUUGGGGGAUGGCAGCUGCUGACCCUUCUGCUUCCUGGGCUCUGUGGUCUCAGGAGCCAGCACGGUACAUAGAGGGGAGCCCCGUGGAGGAGGGAAGAAGGGCAGCUGGGCUCCCAGCAGCCCAAGUCCAGGAACCAGUGACUUUCAAGGAUGUAGCUGUGGCCUUCACCCAAGAAGAAUGGGGGCAGCUAGAUAUUGUUCAGAGGACCCUGUACCGUGACGUGAUGCUGGAGACCUAUGGACAUCUACUCUCUGUGGGGAACCACAUUUCUAAGCCUGAAGUCAUCUCCCUGUUGGAACAAGGAGAAGAGCCAUGGUCAGUGAAGCAAGCAUAUCCUCCAAGCACUUGUCCAGCUCUCCCUGCUUCUGUUUCGGAGUGGAUGAGAAAUGUUGAAAGCAAAGCAUUGGUUCCAGCACAGAGUAUUUUUGAGGAAGAACAAUCCAAUGGAAUGGCAUUGGAAAGAUAUAUAUGGGAUGAUCCUUGGCUCUCCAGGCUAGGAGUUUUGGGAUGUAAAGACCAAUUACAAAUGUAUCACAUGAACCCGAGUACAGGUCUGAGGCAAAUGGUCUUCAUGCAAAAACAAGUACUUUCUCAGCGAGCUUCUGAAUUCUGUGAACUUGGCACAGAGUACAGCCAGAGCUUAAACUUGGUUCCUUCUCAGAGAGUUUCUCAGUUAGAACAUUUCUAUAAACCUGAUGCACAUCUUGAAAGUUGGAGAUGUAAUUCAGCCAUAAUGUAUGCAGAUAAGGUUACCUGUGAAAAUAAUGAUUAUGACAAAAGCUUCUGCCAGUCUCUUCAGCCUGUUUACCCUGUAGGAAUGCAAACUGGAGGUAAUCUGUUCAAAUGUACAGAUGCUGUGAAGUCUUUCAAUCAUAUUAUACAUUUUGGUGAUCAUAAAGGAGUACACACAGGAGAAAAACUCUAUGAAUAUAAGGAAUGCCAUCAAAUCUUUAACCAGAGCCCAUCACUUAAUGAACACUCAGGGCUUCAAUUUGGAGGAAACCAGUACAACUAUAAAGAAUAUGAGAAUAUCUUUUACUUCUCAUCCUUUAUGGAACAUCAAAAGAUUGGUAGUGUAGAAAAAGCAUAUAAAUACAACGAAUGGGAGAAAGUCUUUGGGUAUGACUCAUUACUUGCUCAACAUACAAGUACUUACACUGCAGAGAAGCCCUAUGAAUAUAAUAAAUGUGGAGCAUCUUUUAUUUGGAGUUCUUACCUUAUUCAGCAUAAGAAAACUCCCACUGGAGAGAAACCUUAUGAAUGUGAUAAAUGUGGAAAAGUUUUUAGGAAUCGUUCAGCCCUUACUAAGCAUGAACGGACUCACACUGGAAUAAAACCCUAUGAAUGUAACAAAUGUGGGAAAGCCUUCAGUUGGAAUUCUCAUCUUAUUGUACACACAAGAAUCCACACAGGAGAAAAACCUUAUGUAUGUAAUGAAUGUGGAAAAUCUUUCAACUGGAACUCCCAUCUUAUUGGGCAUCAGAGAACUCAUACUGGAGAGAAACCUUUUGAGUGUACUGAAUGUGGGAAAUCCUUUAGCUGGAGUUCCCAUCUUAUUGCCCAUAUGCGAAUGCAUACUGGAGAGAAACCCUUUAAAUGUGAUGAAUGUGAAAAGGCUUUUCGGGAUUAUUCCGCCCUUAGUAAACAUGAAAGAACUCACUCUGGAGCAAAACCAUAUAAAUGUACUGAGUGUGGGAAGUCCUUCAGUUGGAGUUCACACCUUAUUGCUCACCAGAGAACUCACACGGGAGAGAAACCCUAUAACUGUCAAGAAUGUGGCAAAGCUUUCAGAGAACGCUCAGCCCUUACUAAACAUGAAAUUAUUCAUUCUGGAAUUAAGCCCUAUGAAUGUAAUAAAUGUGGGAAGUCCUGUAGCCAGAUGGCUCACCUUGUUAGGCAUCAAAGGACUCAUACUGGAGAAAAGCCCUAUGAAUGCAAUAAAUGUGGAAAAUCCUUCAGCCAGAGCUGCCACCUUGUUGCCCAUCGGAGAAUUCACACUGGUGAGAAACCCUACAAAUGUAAUCAGUGUGAAAGGUCCUUUAAUUGCAGCUCUCACCUCAUUGCACAUCGGAGAACUCAUACUGGAGAGAAACCAUACAGGUGUAACGAAUGUGGGAAGGCAUUCAACGAGAGUUCUUCACUUAUUGUGCACCUGAGAAACCAUACUGGAGAAAAGCCCUACAAAUGUAAUCACUGUGGAAAGGCCUUCUGUAAGAAUUCGUCAGAGAAACGCUUUAUAUGUAAUCAGUGUGGAAGAGCCUUUAGUGGUCAUUCGGCCUUACUUCAACAUCAGAGAAAUCAUAGUGAAGAGAAACUGUAACUGAAUUGAUCAGAGACUUUUCUUUUAUUGUGUUUUACAACAUGCAAUAAAAAAUACAACAUUGGGAGGAAAAAAAAAGGCUGUAAGUAUUACCACGAGGGAAGUUUUUCACUAAGAAUUCAUUAAGACUGUCUUUAUUAUACAACAGGAAAUCUCUUUUUAGAAGAAACCUUAUGAGUGAUAUGAGUCAAAAGGCUAGGGGAAAACCUUUCGGCAGUUAUGUAUCCCUUUUUCCAUUGUUAGGAAAUUGUAGAAAAAAGCUUUUAAGCUUCGCCUAUGGUCUACAAAGAAUCCAUAUUUGAGGAACAUGACUGGGGAAUGGGGCAUUCUAGCAAGAGCUCUUAUUUGUAGAUCAGUGUACAUUAUUAAGGGGAAAGUCUUGUGACAACAGUAGUGUUUUGGCUGGAAAGACACUGCCUGGAAUAUUAGAUGGAAAGCUUUACAUUAGCAUUUUGUGCAUAAUUAUAGGAACAAAUUUUGCUAUUACAAGGGGAGGGUCUAGGUGCUCUUUAAGUGACAGAAUGUGGAAUACUGAAUCUGAAUUUUAGAAAAAAACUAGUUCAGUAUUGAGUGGGGGUAUUUACUGUUGAUCAAGGUUAACCUCUUUGGAACAGCUUAGUAAAGGAGAUCACUAAUGAUAGAACAUAGAAAGGCUGUUGCCUAGAAAUAUGAGACUGAGUUUUGAAACAGAAAGUGAUAGUUUAUAAUCUAGUGUGUCAGUGUCCAUUGGUACUUAUCAAUGAAUUAUUGGGCAGUUAGUUUAUAAUUCUUUUAGGCAAUCACCAUAAAUUAUAAUUGUGGACAUUGGCAAUAUACAAAACAGAAUGAAUAACCACAAAAGUACAUAAUUGUAUAUAAACAUUUAUUGCAACAUUUAAAAAUGUGUGUUUGGAUAAAGACAUCUUAGAUCCAUGGAGAAAUUAACCUAGUUAAUUUGUUUAUUUUAUUAUUUUUAGUCUAGAUUUUGUUUUACAAAUCCAUAUGCACUCACUAUGUGCUAGGCUUCCUUUUAAAUGAUUUUUAAAAUAUUAACUUAUUCAAUUCCCUUAACUCUAUAUAAAGUAGGCAUUGUUGCUAUCCCAGUUUUACAAAUGAUAAGUAGAAGCAGAGAUAUUACGUAACUUACCCAGUGGACACAUCUAGUAAGGAGAACAGUUGAGACUGUUUGGCUCCAGAGUUUGUGUUUUUAACCACUCUGUUUUCUCACUUUUGUUCAGUGUUUUUAUAAUAAAGAUUUGAUAAUAAAAUUCAAGAAAAUCCUAAGUAA